GUCUGAGAGAUUGCCAUGGCAACCGAUUUUACCAGAGACUCCUGCAUAGCUGCCAUAGCAUUAUUAACAGCAGAAUGGACGGACCUGGACACAGAGUGGUCCACUAAUAGUUGGAGUUGGUCAUUAGGCAUUGCUUCAGGAUUGGAUGGUUCCAUAUUAAUAAUGAGGAUGAAAAUUCCAUCUAUCGUUGGCAUCUUGUGCACAGAUUCACAGGGACUUAACUUGGGGUGCUGUGGCAGUCUUUCUGAUGAGCAUGCUGGUGUGAUCUCUAUACUCCCUCAGCAGGCAGCUAAGCUUACAAUGGACCCCACCGAUGUGCCGGUUGUAUGUCUGGAAUCAGACAGCGGAACCAUUAUGAUUCAGAAGCAUGACCACUUGACUGUAGCAAUUCAUAAAAUGACAUCCUAAGAGCUGAUCUUUGCUGCAGAGAAGAAAAUGAUACAAAAUACAUCGAUUUCUGAAAAUGUAGAUUUUAAAGAAAACUAUUUAUUACUAUCUUCAACUAUGACUAUUGGUUUCUUCUGAAGUCAUAAAUCAACACAAUAAAGUCUGGAUUCACACUU